AUGGAGAAAAAAUUAAGCUCAUUCGAGUCCAAAUUUGACGACUUGGUGGGGGCACUUCGAGAAAGUCGGUAUUCAACAAACGACUUCAGUCAGGAGAGAGUAUCGCUUGCAUACAGAGAUCCACCAUCAGGUGCACAAUCUCACUAUAUUGGUAGUCGAGUAUCGACUCCGGAAUCGUCAGAGUCUGAACAGAGUGUUCACGGAAGACGCACAUAUAAUGAUGAAUUUACAGUCUGUAAACGGCCCAAAUUACAUGUUGAGAGCUCCACCAGGCCGCUUCUUACACUUGAGGAAGCUAAGCUUCUCUUCAAAUUUUUUAACUCUCAUAUAUCCCAACAACUUUUUGGUUUUGAUAUUGAAAAAUUCCAAGUUAGUCAAAUCUGGGAAACGUCGCAAUUACUAGUCUACGCUGUUUGCACUAUUGCUGCUAUGCACUAUCCCGACCCAUCGAUAUCUUCCAAACAGAGUGAAUUACAGCAACAUUUGCACAAAUUGUGUUCUGAGAUUCUUUUUCAGCCGCGACCAAAGUCUGAUGUUGAGGGUUUCAACAUCAUUGUUGCUCUCAUAUUGUGUAGUUUUUGGCUCUCAGACUCCCAAAGAUUUACAGGUUUGGCUUUGCAGCUUGCAAAAGAAUUUGGUCUCAACAAGCCUGUGACCGAGAAACUGCACACUCUCAAUACAAAAGACCGCCUCAAACUAUGGUAUUUGCUCUACGUGUUGGAUGGACAACAAUGCAUGUCUCUUAACAGGCAAACGCUUUUCGAGACAGACGACUACCUGAUAAGAAACAGCCGCGAAUUACUUUUAAAUAAGAAGCCCCGCGAGAUCGAAGGAACAUUGGACAACCAAGAUUCCACAAAUGGUUCACUCGUGAAGAAGGAUACCUCAAAAACCCUUCUAUCCAAUGAAAAGGAAGACAUCGGUAGCUGCUUUACUGAUCUUCAGUUGGUAUCCCAAGUGGAGUAUAACCUGGCCAUCAAGGAGGCAUUUAAGGGCAAUGCAUGGGACCUAAUUGCACCGAGUACUUUCGGCAUCCCAUCGAAGUCUAAUCUCGAGCUUGACAAGUGGAUGGUUUCAUGGACAGUUCUUCUUGCUCCUAUUAACAAUGGCGCCGUAUGGCUGUCGAAAUCUACAUUAAUAUACUACAACUUCGCCAAGAUGCAUAUAAACUGCUCAGCCCUACGGGAGCUUCAAAUCGAUACUGGUUCUGAGUCUGUGAUAUUCCCGAAGUGGGAACAAUACCAUCAAUUGAGACAAAGAAUGGGACCCUUGCCGCUUCAAGAACAAACGAGUCAACCAGAAUCUGAUAGCGAGACUGAUGAGGAAGACGAGCUUAUCAGCAACAAAGAGCUCGCAACGCACGAUCAGACCCUAUUGAGUCUCAAUAUUGCCGUGAAUGCCGCUCAAACGGUCUUGAAUCUUGUUCUCAGCGACAAGGAUAUAACCAACAAUUUAAAGUAUGUUCCAUUGCAUAUUCAUAUCAUGCUAUACUAUGCUGCCUUAUUACUUGUUAAUCCCCCACCAACGGAUGCAACACAUGUCGCCAAUACGAAUCAAGACACCUAUUUUGUAAAAAUUAUCGAGAGCUUGAGAACUGCAAAAAUGUUGCAGAAAAAGAUCUAUGUCAAUUUACCGACAGAUAAAAACUUUGGGAACAAAUUUAUCGAAAGCUUAGAUGAAGUUGUUGCCGACCGAAGCCGAAAGUUGAAAAGUGAACUUCACGAAUCUCCGCUUUCCAAUGAUCGUAAAGGUGAGCUUUUUGAGCAAAUUUCGACAUUGAAUUACGUCGAUGACCAUUUGGAAGUGUUCUCUGGUUCGGGAAAUAGUAGCAAAGAGUCCUCACCAAGGGAAUCAGGCAUAGCUGCAUGGCCAGGUUCUCAUCAUGGUCAUCCAUGA